AUGUCGGAAAACGAGAGAAAAAAGAGAUCGCAAUGUAUAGACGUUUGGGAAGAAGCCGGCUCAGAAUUCUAUCAAGAAAGCUAUCCAGGUAUGGAAGCGGAUUUAGAAGCGUUCCAGAGAAACCCGAAUAAGCUCUCGACUCUGUUGCCUAGUAACAAAACAAGAACCGCAGGUACGGAGUGCAAUAUAAAUACCUAUGUAUUUUCCCAUUUAGACUCUGUUUAUUGAUUCUACAAAAUAACACUUUUUUAAUUGAGUUGUAUAGACAAAAAUUAUCUAUUUUUUUUUUUCGUGAAGUUUACUACACAGAUUCUAUUGGCAUCGAGAUAUUCAAAAUAAAUUCUAAGUAGUAAAAAAAAAAGUAUAAUUUUUUUCCUAUAUGCAUAAAUAAAAUAAAACAUUUUUAAAGUGAAUUAUUAUUUGAGAAAGAAAUAAUUCUAUCUAAUAAUAUUUACAUAUUUUAAAAAUGAAAAUUGUAUUAUAUUAACAAUGGCCCAAUAAAAUGACUAACAGUGAAAAAAUCACUACAAAAAUGUUCUUCAAAACAUCAAUUUUGAAAAAGUUUCUACAGAGAUUUUUCUUUAAAACUUUUAUUUUAUUUAUCAAUACAACAUUUUUGAUUUGAUCUAUGGUCAUCAAAAUCGAUUUAAAUUAAGAGCACAACUUUUUCCUAUCAUCCUAUCAAAUUAAAAAUAAAAUAAUAACACUCGGUGUUGAAAUAUUAUGCAUUUUAAAAUUUCAUAAUGGUUCUCCAGAACAAUUUCAAAACUGUGACCCAGAACUUUAUUCGAUAUUAAGUUACGAUUUAUUAUUAGUGGGACUAAGAUUUAUAUGAAAUAAAAACUUGUAAAAUGUGCAUUUUAUUUACCAAAAUAUGUAAAAACAAUUUUUUUUUUUAUUUCUAUACAUUUUUUUGUUUAUUUUGGUUUUCUAAUGUAUUUUUGAUGAAAGAGUGUUUAGAUUUAGCUUGUAAAAUAAUAUUUUUUGUAUGCUUGUUUGUAUUUUAAUGUUGUGUAUGAAAAUGAUACUGUUAUUAAAACCAUUAAAAUUGUUAUAUAUAGAUAUUCGUACCUUUAUGAUUAAUAAUGAAAUGAAAUACUUCUGUACUGUCUCACUGUAUACGUAGGUACGUCGUUCAAUAACGAGUAGGUAAUUCUAUCGGUCGUCCGACCAAGACAAACUUAGAGGGGUAGUAUAUUUACGAAAAUUCAAAAAAUAACCCAAUAAUUUUAGACGUUCAUUAAAUAAAAACCAUAUAAAAUUAACAAUAUUACAAACUCAAGCUUAAAAAAACGUCCUAGUAUAAUGGGAAAGGUGCAGACACUGUUAUAGAUAAUUUAAUGUAUACCUGUAAGCAAUGAUAAACCAUUAAUUCCGGAAAAAUGAUUCUGAGCGGAAUUCAGUUGAUAGUGAUGCUUUGUCAACAUUUAAUAGCGAAACAGUUAAAUAGGCUAUAUAUAUAUAUAUUUUCUUUAAUAAUAUUUAUCUAAUUUUGUAUCGAUUUUCCCAAUUUUUCUACGUUUUUCCCGAUUUUUCCAUGUCUUAUCCCGGCUUUUCACAUUUGAUGAAAAAACUCCUUAUAAAAUCCAAAAAUGAUUUCUUUAAAGUACUUCUCCAGUAAAAUUUUUUUUCAGAAAUAUUACCAUCAUUAAAUAUUGGAGCCAAAUUGCUGGUAGAAAAGUUGUCAAAAGAAAAAAAAAACCGUAAUUUAUAUUUAUUUUAUUUCAUAAAUUUUCCCGUUUUUUUCGGUUAUUCAAAUUUGAUGAGAAAUCUCUUGAAAAAAUCGAAAAAAUGUCCAUCUGCUUAAAGUACUUCCCCACAUCGAUUUCCUUUCAGCUGUUACACGUAGAAAUCCGAGCAAGUUUUCUAGUAGAAAAGUUGUACACAGUAAAAAAAAAAAAAAUAAUAAAUAUCUUUGUAAAACUAUAAGCUUUUUCGUUCCAUUUAGAACCUAAAAUUAACAAAAUUACUUAAAAAUCUAUAAACGUACUAUUAUAUGCAUUAUGUUUAAAAUAUACGAAAAUAUAUAAAAAAAAAAAAUGUUUCUAUUUAGGUAAUCGAGAAUAAGCCAAUACAUAGACAUAUCUGACAACCAGUCAAUUUCGACUUCGAUUCGAGGAAAAAAGCAUGCGAAUGCGUAUAAAUCCUAUCCCUAAUUGUUACAAAUUUUUUAUUUACAUUUGUCGUAAAAUUGAAGAGGAGAUAAUAAUAGUAAUAUAAGAUAAUCACAUCCAUAGGUGUGAAUAGACUUUUUCCGCAGCGGCAACCUAGUUAAUGACCGGCGUCACUUAAUGAACCAAACAAAUCCCCUUUAAAUAGGGGGGAAGGUUAGUCCCCCCUAAUUAAAUAUUUUUAUAAUUAAAAAAAAAGUCUGUAUUAUUUAUUUACAAUUAAUAAUGUAUAAUAUUUUCAGUACUUUGAAAUUUAACUACAGAAAUAUUAUUCAGGCCUGGAUUACACCGUCAUAGAUGUAUUAACUGUUAUAUAGAAUAACAAAAAUGAUCGACUGAUAGAAAAUAAUAUUUUGUUAUAAGUAACAAUGCAUAAGACAUUUUUAUUUUUAAUAAAAGUCGUAAGCCACUAGACGUACAAUUUGGUUGACCGGCACCUUUUGAAAAUUCCAGGGACAGCCCAGGCACCCUAGGCUGCCACCGUUGACACGCUUAUGAUCGCACUCAAUAGUAUUGUACAAUAUAGUUUAGGUAGUAAAACAGGAGGAUUAUUCGAAUGAAAUAAUUUUAUUCGAUUUCACUAGGUAUUGUCCCAUACAGUCCACGAUAAACCAUACACAUCUUUGAAUGCCGUUUUAAACAAUAUAACAUAAUAUUUUUUAAUAUUACUAGUUUAGAUUUCGAGUAAAACGGACAUAUUAUAGUUUUACAAUGAUAUAUUUUUUUUCUCGCGGAAUACGCUUUUUCUUCGGUAUGUGGAGUAAAAGUAUUUUCUCUAAAGAUGUUGAUUUUGGGCCCGAUGGUAUUUUAAUGGAAAAUGGUUCUUGAUUCUCAAUAAUUUUUCUAUACAAAUUUUUUGUAUGUUUUUUUGUUAAAACUCUUUCAAUGAAUAAAUGCUAAGCUGUCUUCAUGCAGUAUCUCAAAAGCCGGCGUGGCGGUAAAUUAUUUGAAAAUUUGUCAAAAUUGUCAACAGUUAAACUACCAUAGAAUUUUUUUUCUUUUUAGUUUUUUAUAAUUUCUGGGUUACCUUGGAAAAAAAAUAAACCACGAUAUUAAUACUACUCCGUUCAGAAUCUUUUUCCUUUUGAAAAAAUGUAUCAUCGCUAACUAUAUUAUAUACUAACUAAAUUAUCCUCAUAGUCUCGACUAUACUUUUCCAAUUAAUUACCUACUGCAACGGUGGUGCGAAGUAUGUCUGGCUUUUUAAUUCGUAUUCUACGAUAAUUUUACUAGUGUAUGGAAAUAGCAAUUUUUGAAAAUUCCAAUUAGUGGAUAAUCUAUGUUCGACGGACGCAUUAUUUCAAUGGAACUUUAUUUGUUUAAAGUUAUGCUCGACUGGUUGUACCGUUAUAAGUACCUACAAGUGUUUUUGUGUAAACCGCGCACGGAUAGUUUAUUCGGCACGAGUGAAGUUUUGUUUUGGGGUAAAUUUUGAUAACGCCCAAAAUAACAAACCGAAAAUAUUGAAUAGAAUUGAUUAAUCUUAAUUACAGCAUUAUACACUAAGAAUGAGCGCUUCGCAUAAUCAAAUUAUCGUAAAAACGGAAUAAACAACAGAAUGGUCUACGGUGGAUACCGAGGCGAAACGACUUGGAAAUUCAUUAUUAUUAUAAUACGUUUUGAAACAAAUCGUUACGGGUACUUCAAGUUGCAUAAUAAUGUUAUUAUAAAUAAAUAAAAAAACAUCGAAAUUGCCUAUGUAAAACGCCUUCGAAUCGUUAAAUUACGACUGUUUGUAUUUGAAAUUAUAUGCUGCAAUGCAAAUAAUAAAGACUGUAUAGAGUGGGUAUUUUUCAAAUAAUAUUUGAAUAUAUUAAUAAUAACGUGAUGUUGAAAUUAGUUUUUCCCUCCUAACUAAACGUAGGAAAUUAAAUUCGACUAAACGAAUAUGUUAUUAAGUAGUUGUUACCGAAUUUCGUUUUAGUUCAGCACUUUACAGAUUGUGCUGUUGGAAUAAAUUAAACUAUUGAUGUUUUGUUUAAAACGGACAACAGGUAGGUAAACUAGUAUUAUUUAAGCACGACAUUCGUGGUUAUUAAAAUCGAUUCGCGGUUGACGUUUGAUAGGUUUCACUUUCGUCGAUUUUCUGGGGUUUUCGUUCGCAAAUGAAUUCACCCAAAACACUCAUAAGAAUGCACAUUGCACAAAAAAAUUGGUUAUUUUCGUAUUUCGGGAAUUGAAUAUAAUACGCUAUUGUCGAUGAUUGGUUGGCUCCCCCUCACUCCACAACAUGAACAUAUCGUGUUUUUAUCGUAAUUUUUUGGUUUUACAUUUUGUACAUCUUUUAUACCAAAAACUAUGCACCAAUCGAAACGUAACAGCAUAGUAUUUUUGUAGAAUUUUGAAUUUAGUCUGUACAUCGGGGAAAUUAAUUUUUUUAUUUUUCAAGCUAUUUUCAUAAUAAAUGGAUGAAAUAAGAAAACACUUUUUGGAAAACUGGAGAAAUGUACGACAAUAACGGUUUCAUUAUAUUUCGACAUUAUUUUAUUGUUAUAAUUAGGUUAAAAAAAAUCAAUAUUCAUAGAAUGAUAGUAUUGGCGUUUUCUCGACGUGGUUUUCAAAACAUUCUGACUGUUUUCAAUUAUUUGACAUUUUCGAAUUUAUUUUGUUUUAUGUAUAUAAAUUUGGCCGAGUAGAAAUAUUCGAACAUUGUACUCGAAGUUUAUUAGACCAAAUAUUUGAAAAUUUAAAACGAUGUUUAUUAUAAGUUAUAUUGGGGGAGGGGGGAGGAAGAGUUGAUCGCUAUGUAGUCAUUUUUUUUUGAUAAGCAUUGAAGUUCAAAUGUUAAUCCAAACCGUGUUUAAUUGAACUUCAUUCAGAAUAGUAUUUUGUUUGAUUUAUCAUUGUUUACAGUUAUAAAUCAAAUAACUUUAUACAUCUACUUUUUCAUGUUUCCAUCUAGAACACUGGAACGCCGACCUUUAGCAGUAUCGGCUAUUUGUUUUCUUUUUUAUCUAAUAUAAUAUAUUAACAAUGUGUGUAAAUGUUAUAUAUUUUUCAAUAGUGUUGUACAGAAACGGUUUCUCUAUGUUAUAAUUAUACAUAAUAUAGCCGAGUAUAAAGUUUUAACUAACAAUGGUUUGAAGUGGCUCGUUUAAUUGAUAUUUUACAUAUUAUUUUAUAAUGAUAUCCACUGAAGUAGUAUUGUGUACCUAUUUUAUAAUAAUAUUAUAAUCUUUUGUGUAUUGUAUUCCGCAGCCAGGAAAAAAAUCAAUAACGGAAAUGUACAGUAUCAAGCAACAGCCACCAUUAAACCGGCGGAAUACGGAACUUUGGGUCAAAACACUAUCGCUUGUAACAACGAAAUUCAAAUAUCGCUUAUGCCCGAUUUAUCUGGUAAAAAUAAACAAUAUUUUUUUAAAAAUAAAUUAUACAAAAAGAAAACUAUACCAAGAGCUUCGUCACUAUAGAUUCGAAUUUUCUCCCGAUUAUUUUUUAUGAUAGAAGUAUUCUUUGAAAAACGAUAAAAUUCGAAUAAGUACUGUAAUAAUAGAAUAAUUAUAUUAUUCUAUAAUAAUUAUAUUAUUCUUAUAAAACAAAAAAUUAUAAUUUGAUUCUAAAAAUAGUCGGAGGAAUGGUUGGUUAAAAGAUGAAAACUCUAAAGGCACAUCCUUGAUACUUACAACGUGCGUAUAUAAAAUUCUAUGGUUUUGAUUUAGUUUGUGGUGGGGUUGGUAGAGCUUAUAGAGUGUUUAGAGGUAAAAUAAUACUCUCAUAUCAUAAAAAAACUGUAAAAUACAACCCGACUUGUAUUAUUUAAGUCCGUUGCCAAAACAAGUCUAAUUUCCGAAUUUCAGCUCAUUUGGUCCAGGGAAGUCACUAUAAGUGUCCAAAAGUAGAUAGAGGGAAAUAAUAAAAUAGUGUAUUCAUAAUAAGCAUAAAACGAUAUGAAACAUAAUAUAUAAAUAUAGUGUCUGUUUUUGAGGACAAUCUGACAAAAACAACAAUCGUUAUAAUUUUUAAUCGGUUUUUUUGUUUUCAUAUAUAUUUAGAGAAUUUAUCCAACGAAGAACUUAUAUGGGAAGAAAUUAUGAAAAUUAAAACAAUGCCAAUCAGCAUGGCUCACAAAAAAGAAUUAAAAACAAAACUAAAAGUAAGUAUUGCGUAACGUUUAAUGUGCGUUAAAAAACGCAAAGAUAAUUAGAAAUAAACAAACUUAAUUAUACAUUUUAUAAUUACUAUUAAGAGAGAAAGCUUUAAAAUACAAACACCGGUAUUUAACCUGUCCGCCUGUUUUCAACUUUAAUAUACACGUCUAUAAAAAAAAAAAAAAACUCUGAAAUACAAUAGUAUACUAAAAUCACUUGUUUAUAUCGAACGAAAAAAUAAAAAGUUUGCGUCACUGAUUUUAUGACAGUCCUAUCGGUUGUAAAUAUCCAUUAAAUGUAAUUUACAUGUAAAUCCCAUUUUAAAAAUAUAUAAAACUGAAUUCAUAGCACAGAAUUAUACUAUAAAUACACGUGUGUCUACUUUAUUUGAUAUUUUUAUUUUUCGCUAUAGACCCGAAAUAACCGACCAUAGUAUUAUAGAAUAUUACAAGAAUGAACGAGGUUUAGGGUGCUGACGAUGAAAGAAUAUUAUAAGAAACUAUAGAUACGUAAUUUGAGAUUUUUACUUAGAGUGAACCGAACAACUGUUGCCCGCACACUUUUCUCCGACCUUCUUUGAUGUGCAUUACCCUGUACGCAAUAACAAAACCGUAUCAGUCACAUUAUUUUAAUAGUUAUUCCAGUAUUCAACAAUAUAAAUUUUACAUUAAAACAUCACUUUAGUACUUAUAAUACUAAUAUUAUUACAAAUAUAAUAAUAAUAUAUGUGCAUUCUGUGUUAAAAUUAUAAUCGCCAUAGUUACAUUUUUUUUUUUUUUUUUUUAAAUCAUUACUCGAUAUAUACUUCCCUUAGAUUUUUAAUUUAUAGAAAAACAAAUUAAAAUUGGCUCUAACAUUAACAUUUUGUUUUUAAAUUCAAAAAGCGCACCAUUUGAUGUCGUCACCGAUGUCUUUGAAACGAAAGUUGUUUUGAAAAUAUUACGAUAUUUUUAAUGGAGUUAACUAAAUGAGAUUUACUAUUUUUUAAUAAUAAAUAAUAACACAUGAGUAAUCCUAGGAAAAUAUUCCACAGUUUGAUGGGUUAUGCAAGCAGCUAACACGUUUGCGAAGGGUUAACACUUUUUAUUUAAUUGUGUUUAUGGCCAGGUACAUAAUAUUAUGUACUUCCUUGUGAGAGUUAUGAACUUGCAAAAAUAAAUAAAAUAACUUUGAGUGAUAAACUUUUUUUUUUAAAUUAAGUCAUUCAAUUCACUUGAUCUAAUUUUAAAGCGAUAAUAUGUUUGUCGUUGCUUAUUUAUUAAAAUUAUUAAAUAAAUAUAACCAAUAUAUAACUAAUUAUUAAUUAUAAACAAUAAUUACCUUCAAUAUAGACGGUGAUUUUUUUUUUUAUCGUGAACCACUAACUAGCAAUUAUCUCGAAAGAUUUUUAGUGAAUUCGAUUUUGGUUUUUUUUUUAACCAUUAUGGAAUCGGUUAAACUUUAUUCUAAAACCAUUUUCAUCGUGCCUGUCUUUUUUUUUCUUAUUGUAUUUCGGUUUCAAUAAUUCAAUCUUAUUUGAAUUGUUUUUACAGGGCCUAAUAAGAAUAAUAAACAAAAUAAACCUAAUAUAACUUCUACCGAGUCAUCAGGUUAACUAAAAUAAUCAAAAUAUUUCUUUGAGACGAUAAAUUAUUUUGUUUAAAUGUGUGCAUAUACAGUGAAACGUCCCUUAACGGACACCUCUAAAUAGCGGACGUCUCCAAAUAGCGGACAAAAUUUCAACGACCGAGAAUGUCCGAUAUUUAAAGGUUUCAUUAUAGCUGUAUUAAUUUGUCUUUUUUUAAUUUUUUUUUUUUGUUAGAGCGCAGACGCAUUUCGACUGCAAGGUCUCCAGCAACUCAAAUGGCAAAAACGAAAGGUCUGCAUUUGCUUGAAAACAAAAUGGGUGGAGUUCUAUAAUAGAUUUCAUUUGUGGAGGUCCAGUCUGAAAAUAGUCGAGGGUCAUUGCGGUACGGGCGUAGUGGAAUUUUUUGUUUUUAUAAAAUUGUUGAUUUUCCUGAACGCUUUCACUUUGGUCGUCAUUUCCGUUCUAUUGAUACUGCCAUCGACCUAUUGGGUAGAAUUAAGAGAAGGCGUCGGGCCAGACAUGUGGAACGAGUGUGGGUCGAGUAAUGAGAGUGCGUCGAUCGAGUGUUGCAGUGCUAUCUACCAGAACGCCACCCGAUUGGCCAGACCCCGCUUGAACAUACAUUACGUCAUGGACGUUAUACAGGGUACGGGCUGGGUAGAAACAAUGCCGAUGUACUAUAGUUAUUAUCCAAACAAGCGGUUUAUGGUUGGAGAAUUGUUUACGUAUCACAUAUCGUUGGCGUACGUGGUGUCGGCCAUCAGCUAUUUCGUUUUGUUUUUCCUGAUCAUCGUCCGGAAAUCGAUUAAGGGAUUCAAGCAAAGAAUGAUUGAAACACAAGUGCAAUAUUAUCUGUACUCGAAUAGUAUAUUCGUUGGAUGGGACUUUUGCAUCAAUCACAAGAUGUCAGCUGUGCUGAAGCAAAAAGCAAUAUACGACGAAUUGCGUUCGUUUUUGAUGGCCGACCGAUCGAAAUAUGACAAGAAAAAUCGAGGCAAACGUCACACAAACGUUACGAUUGUCCGGAUACUCAUAUCGCUCCUGGUGUUCACCCUGAUUGGGUCCGCUUGCUUCUCGGUGUAUAUGAUAUUUCACUACUCGAUCAAGUUAUUACAACGUGAACAAACAUUUUUGUGGGCGUUUCUGUUGGAAUUUUCCAUGCCUGUAGCCAUAACGUUUUACAACAUCAUGUUGCCGAUCAUUUUCGAUAUUUUUUUGAAAUUCGAAAACCGUUCCAUGUACGAGGAAAGCCGCACAUGCAUAUUUAGAAUAAUAUUCGUCAAACUAUCGCUGUUGACGGUACUGUUGGGCUCUAUCUACAAGCUUAUCCACUGUGUCCGAGAAAAAUCUCAGUGUGCCAGCGCGCUGUGCAAUUCUCCGCUAUGCUGGGAGACGUACGUGGGAAAGAUCAUGUAUAAGCUGCUGAUCGUAGACGUGGCGUGUAAGAUCGGCAUAACCGUGUUAAUCAGCUGCCCGCGGAGCAUACUAAUUAGACAUUUCAAGAGCAACCUGUUUCAGGUGAUAUGCGAACAGGAACUGAACCUGGCUAAGCAUGUGCUGGACGUCAUCUACGUUCAGAUAAUCGUGUGGCUGGGCACGUUCUAUGUGACCCUAUUACCAGCCAUGGGUCUGGUGUCUUUGAUCAUCAUGUUCUACAUCAAGAGGUUUACGUGCAUCGUCAACUACAGCCUAGCCCAAAAGGUGUAUAGUCCGUCCCGUACGCACACCAUGAUCAUGUCCAUGCUGCUCAUGUCAUGUGUACUAUGCGCGGCCACGUGGCUGGCGGCAGUGUCCAAAAUAACGCCAUCUCGAUCCUGUGGUCCGUUUAAAGGACUGCCGUCUGUCUGGAGAGUGGCGAUGGACUUUAUACGUACCACUCCGCAGUGGGCAGUGACCGGUUACGAAAUAUUGACCAGUGCUAAUUUUGUCCUCUCGUUGAUAUUCACAUUGCUAUGCGUCGUCUAUUACUAUCACACUGUGGUGAAGUCCAACAAGAAGAUGAUCGUGGUCUUGCGCAAGCAGCUUGUGCUAGAAGGACACGACAAACAGUUUCUGUUAAACCGGUUGAGUGUGUUCAUUAAACAACAGGACAAACGGCGCAAAGCCGCCGAGAACAAUGGCGAGAUGGAUGUAUUACUCUCUUAA